AUGUUCAAGAGUCGUUUGUCAAGAUGCUUUUUACUUUUCGCCAGUGCCCAUGCAUACAUUGAUCGACGGAAUUUCAACUCAACCUUGUUUUCAAACGGUACGCUUACAGUAGUUGACACUGGGAUCGAGUAUAAAGGAGAAAGCUGGACAGCGUACGAAGAUCUUACCAGAAUCGAUGGUCAGCUCUACUUCGUAUCUGCCAGCGGGCUGACCAGAAAUCUCACCCGUCACCUCGAGCAAUCUUAUGACCCUAUCCCUGGCACCGGAUCAGUCCAAUUCUUUCUGGGUCUCAAUCAAAGCGAAGUGAACUUGGCUCUACCCGACCUUCUCGCAGAUGAGUUACUCAAGGACGGUGAGCCUGUGGAAGCACAUGUUCGUGAUGCGGUGCCACAAGUCAUUUUCACUUAUCAGUCGUUUGUUGGGAACGUUCAAGCCAAUGACACCAUGUUCAUCGAUGCUUAUGGAUCAACGAACAACGUUGCUCCUCUCCACGGGAUGACUAUCCAGUCGCAAUCUUACUGGAACUACUCGUAUGAUGGCCUUGUUGGUGGCUGGCAACCCAUUGUUCGAAAGCUUUGGCGACUAUCACCAGAUUCUGACAAUUGGCUCGAAGUCAUCGCGUUCGGAGACGCCGAUUCAGUUGAACCUUUUAUUGUCAAGACUUGGUUCCGAUCUACCCUCGUAAUCGAUGGGAAAAUCCAGCAACAGCAAUUCUCACGAGAGUAUCCAGCCUCUCUUCCUGCUCGGCCCAGCCCUCAGUCUCAUGAUUUUUACAGUGCUUUAUUGCGCUCAAGCGACUACUGGGACAACUAUCUGGAGGAUAUGUCUGCUCUCACACUUCCUGAUCAAAGCUGGGCUGACUUUACGAAACACACAUUUGCAGUCGAGCUUCUUGUACGAUAUGGUGGCAAAUAUCCCAAGUAUGGGUUUUAUGAUCGUAAUUAUGCGGGAUCUGAGUACGAUGGCUUCCAAGAUAUUUUCACGAGCUCCGUCAUGGCCAACUUGCUCUGGGGUCGCUUUGAUCAGGCGCAGGCAGUUAUCGAGAACUACUUUGAUUGGUUUGUGAGUGAUACUGGAGACAUCAAUAUGAGAGGACCAGAAAUCCCACAAUUUGGUCUUUCAUUAUCAUUGCUUGCUGUGUACUCCCGAUAUACGGGGGACGCAGCAUUGCUCUCCAAAUACGAGGCUAAGAUACUCGCCUGGGUUAGCAUCCUUGAAACACUUCACGACGAGAGCUUGACUUUGUCAAAGAUGGAUCCGAACUACGGUCUCAUCGCAGGAUGGAGCGAGUCCGACUCUUGUCUCUCCAGCAACUAUACCUUUUAUAUCGCUCCUUACUGGAAUAACAAUAUCAACGCAGCUCGUGGUCUCAAAGACCUGAGCACCCUUUCGUUCUUCAACUCCUACACUGCAGAAUGGUCAACCAGAGCAUCCACCAUGAUCAACCAAACUAUUUCCACUCUUUUAAGCGUCGUAGACUACAAUAUGACCCCGCCGUAUGUUCCCGUCCUACCCAUCACCAAUGGAACUGUCAGAGAAUGCAUGCAAACCCAGUCCGAAUGCCAACAAAUGUGGUCCCAUCGCGUUUACUCCGAGAUGCUGCAACCUGGCAUUCUUCCCGCAAAUCUAGCGAACAUGACAAUAAACUCCAUGCGCGCAAAUGGGAUCACAUCUCUUGGCAUAGUCGCCAACGUUGGUCUAAUCUCCCCUGACUCCCGAGAUAUCCUCGGCUUUAUAUCUUAUGGUUACGCACAAGCACUCUUGCUUCUUGACCGCUCAGACGAAUUUAUCUUUUUCAUGUAUGCUCAUCGGUAUCAUGUCCACUCGCGCGGACAGUGGAUAGCUACCGAGGUUGCAGGUACUGCUGGUGGAGUGGGAGAUGAGAAUCCAUUCUGUGUGCCAGCUGCGAUGACAGCCCCGAUUUUGAUGAGAUUGGCACUGGUUAUGGAGGAUCCGGAUGAGGAGAUUCUGUAUCUUGGGCGAGGAGUUCCAACAGCUUGGUUGGAGACUGGGAAAGAAGUUAGCACACAGCAAGCGCCAACGAGGUGGGGGAGGGUUGAUUUCUCUAUUCAGAUGAGUGAGAAGUUGGAAGCGAAGAUCAGAUUCCAGGGAGCUCCGCCACUUGAAGUGCGUGUUAAGAUGAGGUUGCCGAGGAACCAAACUCUGAGCUUUGUUACUGUCAACGACAACGCGACGCUACCAUAUGCUGAAGAAUUGGUUCUGGACACGAGAGUCUUUGCAGAGCCAAUUGACAUUCAAGGCAUUUUCCAAUAG